AUGAUGAGAGAAAAUUGGGCCCACAGUGCUCUGCGACAGGAGGGUCUUGCGAAAGGGAAGGACGAUACCUGGAAAUGGGGAACCAGCCUCCAGGGGAGCAGCUCCUCUGUUUGGGAGAUCUCCCACUUACACUUCAGACAGUUACGUUACAGUGAGACCUCAGGGCCCCACGAGGCCCUGAGCCGACUGCGAGAGCUCUGUCGCCGGUGGCUCAGGCCAGAAGCUCGCACCAAAGCCCAAAUCCUCGAGCUGCUGGUGCUGGAGCAGUUCCUGAGCAUCCUGCCUGGGGAGCUCCGGACCUGGGUGCAGCUGCAUCGCCCCGGAAGUGGGGAGGAGGCCGUGGCCCUGGUGGAGGAGCUGCAGAAAGACCUUGAUGGACCCGCAUUAAAAGUCCCGGUCCUUCCUCAGACCCAGGACCCUCUGCAGGAAGGGAUUCAUUCUCCAGGAACAGCGCUCCCUCUUGCACGUGCAGGAACGUGUCUGAAUCCUCUCACCGACCCCGUGGUAUUUAACCUCCAGGACCCUCAGCAUGAUCCUCUUGCUCCUGAGGCUUCUGCCCUUUCCCAGGAAGAGAACCCAAGAAACCAAUUAAUGGCCCUCAUGCUCCUCACAGCUCAGCCCCAGGAAUUAGUGAUGUUUGAGGAGGUGUCAGUAUGCUUUACCUCAGAGGAAUGGGCCUGUCUGGGCCCAAUUCAGAGGGCUUUGUACUGGGAUGUGAUGCUGGAGAAUUACGGAAAUGUGACCUCCUUAGAAUGGGAAAGCAUGGCUGACAAUGAGGAGGUGACAUUAAAAGCAGGCAUUUCCCAAAGGUCAGACUCUCAGAAAGGACCAUCGAAAAGACUGCAACGAAGUGUUCCCAGAGUCCUCGACUUGGAGGAAGAAUGUGAAUGGCAGGUGUUGGCAAAUCAGUGGGAAAAUGAGACAGCGGACAGGACAGAUGCAGUGAAGAGAGGGUCCCCACGUGAAGGAGACCAGAGGAGAAGAACUCCAGAGAGACGACGCCAGAAGGGGGAGGAAUUGGGUGAAAGCUUGCAUUUCAGUUCUGCUCUUUCUGAAAGCUUAGUGGGUAUUGAAGGGAAGAAGCUUUAUAAAUGUGAUAUUUGUUGUAAACAUUUUAAUAAAAUCUCUCAUCUCGUAAACCAUCGGAGAAUCCACACUGGCGAGAAACCUCAUAAGUGCAAGGAAUGUGGAAAAGGCUUCAUCCAGCGCUCCAGCCUUUUGAUGCACUUACGGAACCAUUCUGGUGAGAAACCUUACAAGUGUAACGAGUGCGGGAAAGCCUUCUCUCAGAGCGCUUACCUUCUCAACCAUCAGAGGAUCCACACCGGGGAGAAACCUUACAAAUGCAAGGAGUGCGGGAAGGGCUUCUACAGGCACUCGGGCCUUCUUAUCCAUCUGAGGCGCCACUCUGGAGAGAGGCCUUACAAAUGUAACGAAUGUGGGAAAGUUUUCUCCCAGAACGCUUACCUCAUCGAUCAUCAGAGACUCCACAAAGGAGAAGAGCCUUACAAGUGUAACAAGUGUCAGAAAGCGUUCAUCCUGAAAAAGAGCCUCAUUCUGCACCAGAGGAUCCACUCUGGGGAAAAACCCUACAAGUGUGACGAAUGUGGGAAAACCUUUGCUCAGACCACGUACCUUCUGGACCAUCAGCGACUGCACAGCGCAGAGAACCCGUACAAGUGUAAGGAGUGCGGCAAGGUCUUCAUUCGGAGUAAGAGCCUUCUCUUACACCAGAGAGUCCACACGGGAGAGAAGCCGUAUAAGUGUACGGAGUGCGGGAAGGCCUUCACACAGAGCGCCUACCUCUUUGACCACCAGCGGCUGCACAAUGGCGAGAAGCCGUAUGAGUGCAGUGACUGUGGCAAGGUGUUCAUUCUGAAGAAGAGCCUCAUUUUACACCAGCGCUUCCACACGGGGGAGAAUCUCUUCGAAUGCAAAGACUGCGGCAAGGUCUUCGGUUCUCACCGAAACCUCCUUGACCACGAGCGACUGCACAAUGGGGAGAAACCCUACGAGUGUCGAGAGUGUGGGAAGACCUUCAUUAUGAGCAAAAGCUUCACGGUCCACCAGAAACUCCACACCCAGGAGAAAGCCUACAAAUGCGAGGACUGCGGCAAGGCCUUCAGCUACAACUCCAGCCUGCUGGUGCACCGCAGGAUCCACACCGGCGAGAAGCCCUUUGAGUGCACCGAGUGCGGGCGAGCGUUCAGCUCCAACCGCAACCUCAUCGAGCAUAAGAGAAUCCACAGCGGGGAGAAACCGUACGAGUGUGACGAGUGUGGCAAGUGCUUCAUCCUCAAGAAAAGCCUCAUUGGACACCAGAGAAUUCACACGAGGGAAAAAUCCUACAGAUGCAACGACUGCGGCAAAGUGUUCAGUUACCGCUCUAACCUGGUAGCCCAUCAGAGAAUCCACACAGGUGAGAGGCCCUAUGCCUGUGGUGAAUGUGGGAAGGGCUUUACUUACAACAGAAACCUUAUUGAAAACCUCAUGGUGCAUCAGAGAAUCCACACUGGGGAGAAGCCCUACAAGUGUAGCGAGUGUGGGAAGGACUUCAGUCAGAAUAAAAACCUUGUCGUCCACCAGAGAAUGCAUACCGGGGAAAAGCCUUACGAGUGUGAAAAGUGCAGAAAGUCCUUCACGUCCAAGAGGAACCUAGUUGGUCACCAGAGAAUCCACACAGGGGAGAAGCCUUACGGCUGCAACGAUUGUAGUAAAGUUUUUCGGCAAAGGAAAAACCUAACUGUACACCAGAAAGUUCAUACAGAUGAAAAGCCCUAUGAACGUGAUGGGUCUGAAAAAGAAUACUGUCAGAUGUCAAACCUUCACCUUCGACAAAAGAAUUCAUACCGUGCAGGGUUUCUUUUGGCUACGGAAUACGAAUGA